CCUGUGCGAUGGGAACAAGGUCAACUGAUUGGUCAAGGCGCAUUUGGUCGAGUAUUCCACGCUCUUGAUCUUGACACGGGUGCUAUCAUGGCAGUCAAGCAAGUGAUUCUUGGUGGAGAUGACAAUCCUCAACGCAUGAAACAAGAAGACUCACUUCGACGUGAAAUUGAACUGUUCAAAGAUUUGGAUCAUGUCAAUAUCGUUCAAUAUCUUGGAUUCGAAAUUACCAAUACGGCAUUCAAUGUUUUUCUCGAGUAUGUUUCUGGUGGAUCGAUUGCUGGGUGUCUAGCGAAAUGUGGCAAAUUCGAUGAGCAUAUUGUCAAAAACUUUACUGCUCAAAUUCUAUGUGGGAUCGAGUACCUGCAUUCUAAAAACAUUAUUCAUCGAGAUGUAAAGGGUGCAAAUAUGCUGAUUGACAACGAAGGAAGAGUAAAGAUUUCUGAUUUUGGUAUAUCAAAAAAGAACGAGUAUAUGGCUUACCAACGUAUGACAAGGAUGUCGCUUCAAGGAUCUAUUUAUUGGAUGGCACCAGAAGUGGCCAGAGGAAAAGGAUAUAGUGCCAAAGUAGAUAUCUGGUCUUUGGGUUGUUUGGUGUUGGAAAUGCUGACAGGCGAGCAUCCAUGGUUUAAAGUUCCCGGAAAUAUCAUUUAUUUGCUUGGAAUGGGAAAUUCUCCACCAAUCUCUGACAAAGUAUCUGCUGAUGCCAAAGAGUUUAUUCAAUGGGCUUUGACCGUUGAUGCAGAAAAGCGACCCACAGCUAGUGGGUUGUUGUGUCAUUUCUUUGUU